UGCAACAACCACUAAGCGCUGCCUCCUGCCUCUCCUCCCAGUCUUCCCCUUACAUCCCAGCUUCUCCUGUGUCCAGUACACUGGCGUUCACACAAACACACAAAUGGGUGCUGACUUUUCUGCUCUGUUUGCUGGCUGAUCUGGAGCACACACACACACACACACACUCACACACACACACUCACACUCACGUAUGACAUCUCACUUUCCUGCUUGACUCUGCCAUCAUUGCAUUGGGCUAUUGUGGAGGUCAGACACCCUCAGCCUGUUGUGAUUGAAUCCCCGGAUCACGAAAGAUGUUGGGGAAGGAUUACAUGCUCGCGAUCAUUAUUGUAAAUUAUGACGAUAACCUCUGGAGUGACCAAACCCUUGAAGCUGAUCCAGACCUUCCUCCAGGAUGGAGAACCAUUCGGGACACUUCUGGGACUUACUACUGGCAUGUGCCAACUGGGACCACUCAAUGGCAGCACCCAAUGUACAAUCCAGGAAUGUCAAACAGUUUAGGUACUGUUCAGGAAAAGAAAGUUCACAGGAUGUCAAUCACUAAUGGCUCUCCUGCUCAGCCUUUUCCUGACACAGCAUCUGGUUCAGACAGGAGGCAUUCUCUUCAAUGGCAUGAUGAAGAUCUAUUUCGCAAUAUCAAUGAACCAGAUAGUAAGAGUUUUUCAGUUCAAUGUCUGGGAUGGGUAGAAAUUCCAGAAGAGGAUCUGGCUCCUGGGAAGAGCAGUAUUACUGUGAAUAACUGUAUCCAGCAACUUGCCCAUACUAAAUGUGACAGUAGUGACGUGUCAUCAAAUGAGGGACAACGUAUGGUUAUGAUUUUGAAGAAAGAUACAAUGAGCUUGGUGGAUCCUUUAGAUCACAGUUUAAUACACUCUCAACCCAUCAUCAACAUUCGAGUAUGGGGUGUUGGCUGCAAUAAUGGAAGGGACUUUGCAUUUGUGGCUAAUGACAAAGACACUUGCAUGCUGAAGUGUCACGUGUUCCGUUGUGAUGUCCCAGCCAAGGCCAUUGCCAGUGCCCUCCAUGACAUGUGCUCCAAGAUCAUGGCAGAAAGAGCAGUGGCCAAUAAUACCAUCACCCGCUCUAUGACCUUAGAGACAAUCUCCCCUGAAGACUUACCUGUCCAAGUUGAUAUUCUGGAUACUGUGAGGGAGUCCAUUCAGAAAUAUGAAGUGCUUAUCCUUGGCAGCCUGCCCGUCUCAAAGCCAAUGGGAAUGGAUGUCUUAAAUGAUACAAUAGAGAACAUGGUCAGUACCACACUUAGGGAACAAUGGACAGAAGCAGUUAUUGAAGUGACUGAUACAGUGGUGGCGGUACACCACAGAGAGGAUGCCGAAGAAGAACCUAUCUGGCAGUGUCAGGUCCGUUAUGUGACAUUUAUGGGAAUUGGAAAGGACCCACACACAUUUGCCUUAAUCGUGGAUACAGGCGGUAGACAGUGUUUCCAGUGCACAGUGUUUUGGUGCGAACCUGAUGCUGGGCAUGUAUCCGAGGCUGUGCAGGCAGCAUGUAUGGUUCAGUAUCAGAAAUGUGUGGUUGCCUCAUCAUCAAGGAUAAAGUCAAGAAGUGGACCUGGAAAAUCUCUCUUGAAAAUAAAGAGGACUACAUCUGUUGACUCCCCAAUGUCACCAUUCAAUUCUGCAGGCCACACUCUUCAGAAGAGUGGGGGGACAAAUAAAAGAAGAGGAGUCAUGGCUUUCUUUGAAUCAUUUAAGCAGCGGCAUGUUAGGCAUACUCCUUAAAGCAGGGUAGUUCUGCCGGAAAGGUCACCCCUUUUUUAGCUACCUGCCUGUUUUCUAGAUAUUUUAGAAUGUUUGUUGUUUUCUGAAAUUUCAGAUUGAAUUCAGAUUGACCUUUAUUAUAUCUACUUGACUACAGGCAAAAAUUAGGUCCGAAAAUGUCUUUAUUCUAAAUUACUUAUAUAGUGGCACUCAAAAAAUGAGUGAAGGACAUAAAUAUAUACUAGACUGUGGGUCAUAUGUAACCAAGGACAAAAAAGUAAAAAUGUAAUUGGGAGCAAAAGGGAAAAAAAUAGGUGUCCUGCAAGGAAGCAAUAAUAUCUCUGAGGUUCUUGAAACCUAUUCCCUCCUUGUCUUAUCCCAAACAUCAUUACCGUGAUCUAAAAGAUUAUUGGUAUAACUUUGUUAUAUAUCUUUAUAUUAUAUAUCUUCUACUUGAUAAGAGUUUAAAAAGCUUUGAACAAUCACUAUUUCUUAAAAAGGGUACCUUGACUACAGGCUGAUCACAACCCCCAACGAUCAGCUAUAAUCUAUGGGUGAACCUGGCAGGAAGUGUUUAGUUGCCCUGCAGUGUCACCACAAGGGACAUAAGGCAUUUCAGUGCCCCUCCAAAUUGAUGGGCUGUCUGUGUGAAGCUAAUUUCACACUGCCAUUGUACCUCAUUGGUAAACGGCCAUUAGGCGUUUUUUUUUUUUUAAAUACGUCCGUUAUCCGGAUGGGGCACAACGGGCAACAAUGGGGCCUGACAGAUCCCAUUUACUAUUAUGGGGUCUGUCAGGUGUUGUUGUUUUUAACGGGAGUAGCGGGAGAAAUAGACAACGCAUGAUGUAUUUUUUCUCCCGCUAUUCUCUCCCGUUUCCCUGACGGGCGUUGCACUGUCAUGUCACAACGGCAGUGUGAAAGUAGCCUAAUGCAGGAGAAGACAAAGAGAUACUCCAUUCACGUCUAUGGCAGCGGGCGUGACGGCCGUCACGAGGGGGGUGGCCGUGACGUCACAUCUCAGACUCGGAGGUAGUGCCUGACACUGAAUGCCGGGGGCUGCGCCGAGAUCGCAGGGGUCCCAAUGGUGGGACCCCUGCGAUCAUACAUCUUAUCCCCUGUCCUUUGGAUAGGGGAUAAGAUGUAUAAAGCUGGAAUACCCCUUUAACAAGCCUAAUACAUGACAGGAACACAUGAAUGAUCACUAGAUCGUUCGUGUGAAUGAAAUCAGUCAUUGGCCACACAUCACCUAUGACACUGGGCAACGUGUGGCUGACUAAGGCUGGGUUCACAUUACGUUUUCCCCAUACGGGAGCGCAGGGGGGAGCUAAAACCUCGUGCUCCCGUAUGCCUUUGUAUGCGCU